AGCUCACAGCUCCGCUGUGCUCGGAUCCAGACUGGAAGAGGUUAAUUUCUUCUUCGGAAAACCCCAUUGUUCGGUCCGUGAAGGGGGGAGAAUGGCACAUACCAUUUGACGAGGCAUUCAGCUCCAGUGAAUGAAAUGCUGUGAAUGCGAAUUCGAAUCCCCCCUGUCCGAGGUGAAGGGGUCCGCGGCGCAUACAGGGGUUCAAAUACUCAAAAUAAGCUGUUGGUGUAAAACUUGGAUAACCCCGAGACCACUAGGACUCAAUUUCAAUUGCCACUGAUCUAAAUCGGAAAAGUGAUGAAAAAGUUGGCGUGAAUCAUCACCGAUGGAUGUGGAAUACAAAGUGUCCAGCUUUUAGCCGCUGUGGAGAGCGCAAACUUCAGAAGUUCCCGUCUCUGGUGACAGAUUCAAAACCCGACUGAAAUAAUGUGAGAUGCUUUCUACGGAAUAAUUGAAUACACAAACGGACGUGUAACUUUUUAACGCAUAUCCUCAUGGACUGUUCUGUCAUCUUGAUAGAUUAUUCACGGCAAUACUUUUUAUUCCAUCUGUCUGAGGACUGGAUAAUUUAAACUGGAUAAUAGCACGCACUUGCCAGUUGAACCAAGAGCGGCUGAGUCGGGAUGAUUAUCUGCUGGAAUAGAGUCCUUAUAAAGAAAACCCCAAAUCGCAUUUGAAUCCUUUCUCUUGUGUUUAUUAUUUUGUACGUGUUUUUUUGUUUGUUUUUUUACUGAAUUGCCAUGCUUCACUCUUAUGAAGACGCAGGAAUUGUGUUACCAAACAAAUAGAGCCAGCAGAACACGUUAGAUUUUUUCCCCUAAAUUUUGAAAUUAUUUUUGACAUUUCAUAUCAAGAUUAUGAAGGAGCGGAUCGUUAAAGUAUUUCAAAACUAAUUUGGAUUACUUGAGACAUUUAAUCAUUCAAGAGACGUCAAAUAAUGUCUCCAACAUCAAUUGGAAUUGCGUUAUUAUUUGGAUUUCUCCAUGUGUGCUCAGGAUCCCGUCUGCGCCAGGAGGACUCCCCGCCCCGGAUCGUGGAGCAUCCCUCCGACCUGAUCGUGUCCAAGGGGGAGCCGGCCACCCUCAACUGCAAGGCGGAGGGGCGGCCCACCCCCACGGUGGAGUGGUACAAGGACGGGGAGCGCGUGGAGACGGACCGGGACAACCCUCGCUCCCAGCGCAUGCUGCUGCCCAGCGGCUCCCUCUUCUUCCUGCGCAUCGUCCACGGACGACGCAGCAAACCGGACGAGGGCUCCUACGUGUGUGUCGCCCGCAACUACCUGGGGGAGGCCAUCAGCCACAACGCUUCGCUGGAAGUAGCCAUUCUGCGUGAUGACUUCAGACAGAAUCCUGCCGACGUGAUCGUGGCUGCGGGCGAGCCGGCCGUCCUGGAAUGCCAGCCACCUCGCGGGCACCCUGAACCCAGCAUAUCCUGGAAGAAAGACGCAGCCAACAUCGACGACCGAGAUGAAAGAAUCACAAUCCGAGGAGGGAAGCUGAUGAUCACCAACGCCAGGAAGAGUGAUGCUGGGAAAUAUGUGUGUGUAGGCACCAACAUGGUGGGCGAGCGAGAGAGCGAGAUAGCCGAACUCACUGUGCUCGAGCGUCCCAGCUUCGUCCGUCGACCAGGCAGCCAAGUGGUUCUGGUGGACCAGAGUGUGGAGUUCAGGUGUGAGGCCCGGGGUGACCCAGUUCCCACGGUGCGCUGGAGGAAGGAGGACGGAGACCUGCCCAAAGGAAGAUACGAGAUCCGCGAGGACCACACCCUGAAGAUCCGUCGCCUGGUCUCGGCUGACGUGGGCUCCUACACCUGCGUGGCGGAGAACAUGGUGGGCAAGGCAGAGGCCUCCGCCACCCUCACCGUCCACGUGCCCCCUGCCUUCGUUGUGCGACCCAGGAACCAGGUGGUGGGGGUGGGCAGGACCGUCACCUUCCAGUGUGAGGCCACGGGGAACCCCCAGCCUGCCAUCUUCUGGCAGAGGGAGGGCAGCCAGAACCUGCUGUUCUCCUACCAGCCCCCGCAACCCUCCAGCCGAGUCUCCGUGUCCCAAACUGGAGAUCUGACCAUCACAGACGCCGAGCGCUCAGACGUGGGCUACUACAGCUGUCAGGCCAUCAACAUCGCUGGCAGUGUCAUUACCAAGGCCCUAUUGGAGGUCACAGAUGUUGUGUCGGACCGCCCACCGCCUGUGGUACGCCAGGGUCCAACCAAUCAGACGGUGUCUGUGGACGGAACGGUGGUGCUGAGCUGUGUGGCCUCGGGAAGCCCCGCCCCCACCAUCCUGUGGAGGAAGGACGGCGUGCUGGUCUCCACCCACGACUCCAGGGUCAAACAGCUGGACACUGGGGCGCUGCAGAUCCGCUAUGCCAAGCUUGGGGACACGGGCGUGUACACCUGCAUCGCCUCCACCCCCAGUGGGGAGGCCUCCUGGAAGGCCUACCUGGAGGUGCAAGAGUUUGGCGUUCCAGUCCAGCCAGCUAGACCCACCGACCCCAACCUCAUCCCCAGCGCCCCCUCCAGGCCCGAGGUCACCGAUGUCACCCGCACCUCCGUCACCCUGUCCUGGAAGCCUAACCUCAACACCGGGGCCACGCCCACCUCCUACAUCAUCGAGGCCUUCAGCCAUGCGUCAGGUAGCAGCUGGCAGACCCUGGCCGACCACGUGAAGACCGAGUCCUACGUCCUGAAGGGCUUGAAGCCCAGCGCCGUCUACCUCUUCCUGGUCAGGGCAGCCAACGCAUACGGCCUCAGUGAGCCCAGCCCCAUCACCGACACCAUCAAAACACAAGAUAUCCCCCCCACCAGCCAGGGCGUGGACCACCGUCAGAUCCAGAGGGAGCUGGGUGAGGUGGUGCUCCACCUUCACAACCCCACCAUCCUGUCCUCCUCCUCCAUCAGGGUGCAGUGGACGGUUGAGCAGCAGUCCCCUUACAUCCAGGGCUUCAAGGUGAUGUACCGGCCGUCUCCAGAGGGGCAGCAGAGGAGCGACUGGGCCGUGUUGGAUGUGCAGACGCCUGGGGAGGACAGCGCUGCGGUGCCCCAGCUGAGGAAGGGCGUCACCUACGAGUUCAAAGUGCGCCCCUUCUUCAACGAAUUCCAGGGCACAGACAGCGACGUCAAAGUGGCCAAGACUCUGGAGGAAGCCCCUAGCGCCGCACCUCGUGGGGUUACCGUGACGGAGAGCGGAGACAAUGGGACCGCCAUCGUGGUCUCCUGGCAACCGCCUCCAGAGGAGGAUCAGAAUGGGGUGGUCCAGGAGUACAAGAUCUGGUGUUUGGGUAAUGAGAGCCGUUACCACGUGAACCGUACAGUGGAUGGUUCUACGUUCUCCGCGCUGAUCCCUGGCUUGGCCCCCGGGGUGCGCUACAGCGUGGAGGUAGCCGCCAGCACCUCCGCCGGCCCGGGGGUCAAGAGCGAGGUCACCUACUUCCAGAUAGAUGCGCUGGGCCGUAUGACCGACCAGGAGAACCCGCUGUCCCAGAAGAUCUCAGACGUGGUCAAGCAGCCGGCCUUCAUCGCCGGGAUCGGGGCGGCCUGCUGGAUCAUACUCAUGGUGUUCAGCAUCUGGCUCUACCGCCACCGCAAGAAGAGGAGCGGCCUGAACAGCAGCUACGCCGGCAUACGCAAGGUGCCGUCCUUCACCUUCACUCCAACUGUGGCAUACCAGAGAGGUGGAGAGGCUGUAAGCAGUGCAGGAAGGCCCGGUCUGCUCAACAUCGGGGAGUCAGCCACGCAGCCCUGGCUGGCGGACACCUGGCCCAACUCCUGCUCCAACCAUAACGACUGCAGCAUCAACUGCUGCACCGCUGGCAACGGAAACAGCGACAGCAACUUGGCCACGUACAGCCGCCCGGCCGACUGCAUUGCCAACUACAACAGCCAGAUGGAGAACAAGCAGACCAACCUGAUGGUGCCAGAGUCUGGCGUCUACGGAGAUGUGGACCUCUCCAACAAGAUCAACGAGAUGAAGACCUUCAACAGCCCCAACCUGAAGGACGGACGCUUUGUGGGCCCUGGGGGCCAGCCCACGCCCUACGCUACCACCCAGCUCAUCCAGUCCUCCAUCCUGGGAGGGGGAGGGGGGGGAGGAGGAGGAGGAGGAGGAGGGGGAGGAGGGGAGCUCAAUGAGAAACACUGCUGGAAGCCCGGCCCAGGCCAGCAACACAAACAACAGGAUGUGACCUCACAGCUCCAGUAUAACAUCAUGGAGCAGAACAAGCUGAACAAGGACCACUACAGAGGAGGGGACAGCCCCAUGCCGGCCACCAUCCCCUACAGCCAGGCCCACGACGGCCACACCGGGGGCUCAUACCCCAGCUCUGACCGAGGCAGCAGCAGCACCUCUGGCAGUCAAGGUCAGAAGAAGGGAGUCCGAACCCCCAAACUGCCCAAACAGAGCACCAUGAACUGGGCCGACCUGCUGCCCCCGCCCCCUGCUAACCCACCCCCCUGUCAGACUACAGACGAGUACUCCCUGUGUAUGGACGAGAGCUAUGACCCGGACAUGCAGUGUCCCAUGCCCCCCUCUCGCAUGUACCUGCAACCAGACGAGCUGGAGGAGGAGGAGGAGAUGGAGAGGGGGCCCACCCCCCCGGUCCGGGGCGCUGCCUCCUCCCCAGCUGCCGUGUCCUACAGCCACCAGUCCACCGCCACCCUCACGCCCUCCCCCCAGGAGGAGAUGCAGCCCAUGCUCCAGGACUCCUCGGCCGGCCAUGAGCGCAGACGGCAUGUGGGGUGCCCCCCUGUCCAGCCCCUGUCCCCCACCCACACGUACGGUUACAUCUCCAGCCCCUUGGCGCUGGACACGGAUGGCAUGGAGGAGGAGGAGGAGGAGAUGCUGGAGGAGGAGGAGGAGGAAGGGGACGAGACAGACGCCGAGGUGGCCAAGGUGCACCGCCACCGUCCCCACCGCCCCCACCACCCCCAUGCCCAGCCCGGCCAGAUGCACCCGCGGAGGCUAGUGCUGCGGGGCCUGGAGCAGACGCCGGCCUCCAGCGUGGGCGACCUGGAGAGCUCCGUGACCGGCUCCAUGAUCAACGGCUGGGGCUCGGCCUCCGAGGAGGACAACGCCUCGUCGGGGCGCUCCAGCGCCGUCAGCUCCUCCGACGGCUCCUUCUUCACGGACGCCGACUUUGCCCAGGCGGUGGCGGCGGCGGCCGAGUACGCCGGCCUCAAGGUGGCCAAGUACCCCCCCACGCAGGGGCAGGAGCAAGGGGGGCACCCAGGGAGGAAGUUCCAGAUGGGCCCUACAGGCCACCGUCCGGCCAGCCCCGUGUCCACAGACAGCAACAUGAGCACGGCCAACAUGCAGAAGCGGCCUCCCAAGAGGCAGAAGCAGCCUCCUCCAGCCAGUCACCCGGCUCUCCAGAGACGUGACAACUACCCUGAAGGUAGCGUUAGCAGCACGUGCUCCAGCAUGACUACAGACCUCCCCCCUCCCCCCAUCCCUCCUCCAGCCGGGCUCAAGUCCCCUACGCACCCCUCCAAGGUGUCUCCAGAGGGCCGGGGGGUGCUGUCCCCCAAGACGGGCGAGGCCAGGGACAGGAGAGGGGGCUCUGGAGGAUACCGACCGCGGGAGGGCUCGGACCCCCGGACUAGCUCGUCAGAGCGCCGCGACGCUCAGGACAGACAGAAGACUCCUCGAGGAGGGAAAGGGAACAAGCACGAAGGAAACCAUGGCAACAAGGCUCGCCCGCAUCCAGGUCCAGAAGACAUCCUGCCCUACAGCCGUCCCUCCUUCCCCUCGGUGAACAACCCCCGGGGAGACCGUGAGCCCAGCUCCUCCAGCUCCAUGUCCUCCAGGGGCUCCGGGGGCCGGCGGAGAGGGGAGGGGGGCCCAGGGGGGCGUAGGAACCCAGCUGAUUUGGGCCUCAACACCUCUGGAGGCUUCCAGCUUGAGGAGGGAGACCUUGAGAUGGCGGAAAGCUGAAUACCACCAUAGAAGAAAAAGAAAAAGAGUUACUGUCAAUAUUUUUCCCAACAGAGGACCGUCAAUGUUUCUCUGACAAUUUUAACACAGUAUCUCAUCAUCCAGUCCGCUGACCAAUACUCCACAUCCCUAGAGUUUCUUUACAUCUGAAAAACAGACCAGAUGUUUUUCUAAUUUACCAUUUUCUAUGUCCAUAUACAAAGAAGAAGAAGAAGAAGAAGAAGAAAAAAAAGACUGGGGGAAGAAUGGUACAUUGUGAGGAAAGAGCUCAGUAGCUACACUAUGUUUGUGUUUUAUUCCAAUGCAAUAUGGAGUAAGAAAGUACUCCAGAUUUUCACAUGACUUGGCAUCCCUUGACAAGGUCUGGAGAGCCCAUGCAGUCAGGGGUCACUGUUAUAGAGAGCUACAAGCAGGAAGGGGAAGAGUUGUAAAUACGUGUAAACAUGAUGAUUUUCUUUUGUUUAUUCACCCAUAGUGGUACUACAAAUUUGUCCUCCUUGUUUUAUUUUGCUAAUAAUAAUUUUAUUAUGCCAGUAAAUAUAUUUUAUCGUCUCCAUUCAUGUUGUAAAUUGCUAUAUUAUUUAGCCACCCCAAGAAAGUGCCACUUUUGGGAUUUUUUUUUUUUUUUUUUUUUGUAAUGCACUGUUCUGUUUUUAUUUGUCUCAAUGUUUGUUUUUUUACUUUGGUUUUAAAAGCACAAUCACUAAACUUUAUUUUAAACCAUUUUAUCUAUUAACCUUUUUGUCUUACUGGCGUGAAUACAGGUAUGACAAAAGAGUCUUGUUAAUCCUGAUGAAGAUGAUGUAGUUAAGGAGAUAAGCUGUUCAUGAUGGGCUUGUUUGGAAAGGAAACUCUCUGCGUUGUCUUGGUCUCCCUUAGUUCCAGUGACAACUUCCAAGAGGGAAACGGCAAAUGUGGGUCAUAUAGCAGCAAUGUACCCGGCUGUUUGAAUUGACCAUAGUUCCAGCCAUUGCACAUUAAUUCAGAUGGUUACAUUGUCUACUAAUGCACUUAAAAGAAUGUAACAUACUAGUUCUAGAUGUCACCUUGGUGAUCAUGAGAGGCCGUGAUUGGACGAGGAGAGUCUCCUUUCCGGGAGAGGAGAGAGGUGUUUGAACCCCGCCCUGAGAAGAAGGGGUCUGUUGUUUAUUCAUAGGACAUCUGCAAACAUUUGUUUCGUAAAGCAAAAAAACGCAAAAGAACACAAAAAAAUUACGAAUAAAAAAAAUGUUCAAACUAAAA